AUGUCUCAAUGCCUGAUUACACUUGCCACGGUGACGCUUUUUGCGGCAUGGUCCCUGGCUGAUAAUCGUUUCUUGGAUCAAUUACAGCAGCUUGGUUUUGUCAAUCUCUUAGAGCAAGCAGUGCGCCCCAAUGUUCCCCAGCAAUCGUCUACCUAUGACUUUAUUGUGGUUGGAGCCGGUGCCGCUGGCUGUGCCUUGGCGGCACGACUCUCAGAGAAUCCCGCAUGGAAUGUAGCAUUGCUGGAAGCUGGCGGGGUGGAAAACAUUGCUCAUCUGACACCAGCAUUGGCCGGACAAUUGCAGCAAACUGCCUCCAAUUGGGGUUAUCAUUCGGUGCCGCAGCGUUUAUCCUGUUUCGGCAUGAUUAAUCGAGAAUGCGCCUUACCGAGGGGCAAAGGUCUGGGCGGCACAAGUUCAAUUAAUUAUAUGAUCUAUAAUCGCGGUAAUCGCAGAGAUUUUGACGCCUGGUCGCAGAAUGGCAACCAUGGCUGGAGCUAUGAAGAGGUCCUACCCUAUUUCCUAAGAAGUGAGGGAGCCCAUCUGACUGGCCUCGAGCAUUCGCCGUAUCAUAAUCAUAGUGGACCUUUGAGUGUUGAAUAUGUGCGUUUCCGCACACAAAUUGCGGAUGCCUUUGUAGAGGCGUCUGUGGAGUCUGGUCUACCGCGCACCGACUACAAUGGCGAAUCACAAUUGGGCGUGUCAUAUGUCCAAGCGACCACACAGAAUGGACGACGACACAGUGCUUAUGCGGCUUACAUACGACCAAUUCGCGAUUAUCGUGCCAACCUACACAUUUUUCCAUUUAGCAGAGUGACUAAAAUCCUAAUUGAUGCGGAAACAAAGACAGCCUAUGGCGUAGAGUUUAAUUAUCAAAAGAAGUCCUUCACUUUCAAAGCACGCAAAGAGGUCGUACUUUCGGCGGGAGCCUUUAAUUCACCUCAGUUACUAAUGCUCUCGGGCAUAGGACCUGAAGAUAAUCUCAAGGCUAUUGGCAUACCUUUGAUUCAAGCACUGCCUGUGGGCAAACGUCUCUAUGAUCACAUGUGCCAUUUUGGACCCACAUUUGUGACCAAUACUACGGGCCAAUCGAUCUUCACAUCUCGUGUUACGCCAGCCGAAGUCCUAUCUUUCCUUUUGGCUGGUAACCCAGCCACAAAGCUAAGUUCUAUCGGUGGUGUUGAAGCCUUGGCUUUCCUCAAGAGUCCACGGUCCAAACUACCCCCAGAUUGGCCUGACUUGGAGUUAAUUUUAGUGGCCGGCAGUUUGGCCAGCGACGAGGGCACAGCUCUUAAGCUUGGGGCGAAUUUCAAAGAUGAGAUCUAUAACAAAGUCUAUAGACCUCUGGCCGUGGCUCAACAGGAUCAUUUUACGCUUUUGGUAAUGCAUUUCCAUCCCGCAUCUGUCGGUCGUUUAUGGCUACAUAAUCGCAACCCCUUGACAUGGCCGAAAAUUGAUCCAAAAUACUUUAUAGCCGAAGAGGAUGUAGAAUAUAUACUAGAUGGCAUCAAGGCAACAUUACGCAUAGCUGAAAUGCCAGCUCUAAAAGCUAUAGGUACCAAAUUAUUAAAACACUCAGUGCCCGGAUGUGAGGAAUAUUCAUUUGGCUCGGACGACUAUUGGCGGUGCUCCAUUCGCACUUUAUCCUAUACAUUGCAUCAUCAGGUGGCCACCUGUCGCAUGGGACCCGAGAGUGAUCCAACUUCGGUGGUAAGUCCUCAACUGAAGGUCCAUGGUAUGCGGCGAUUACGUGUUGUUGAUACCAGCAUUAUUCCAAUACCACCCACGGCGCAUACAAAUGCUGCAGCAUUUAUGAUUGGCGAAAAGGCAGCCGAUAUGAUACGUUCGGAAUGGAAUUAG